AUUAGGAAAUGAUUUUCACAUCUGUAAAGCAAAAAUGCCACUUACCCAAUUUGAACAUUUUUAUUUAUCUGCACAAAAUGAUUUUCUACAUAUGCAAUAAGAAAGAUUAAUUUCCUGACCUUUUAUCUUUAGUCACAGAUUUGCAUAGGGUAAUAAAAAUUCUUUUUUACAUGGUGUCGUGGGGGAUUAAGGGGAUUAAAUGUUUGACAUCACUCUUUUGUCUGUGCUAAGGCUCCAUCAAAGAGUAUACUGAGUGGGUGGCAAAGCACUGGACGAGAAAUACAAUCUGGAGAUGACAAAAGAAUGGAUGGAAAUGGGGUAAACAGUCUUCUUUGUUAUACUUAGUAUAUUUCUAAAGCUAAAAUUGCAACCGUCUGGACAGCAAAGCCCUAUGAUGUGGAUCUUAAGAAAUUUUAAAACUGCAGACAGAAGAAGAGUAGUUAAAGAAGAAUGAAAACUGCGAUGCUUUUGCCUCCUACAGUCAGCAAUGACUCCAGUUACCUGCAUCUUCUCCAUUGUAUGAUAAUAACCAGAACACCAGAAUGAAAGGUUAUUAAUGUGGGCUGAUUGAGCUGGCUUUACUCCUGUGAUUGGAAGACAUGGUCCUUGCAAUAAAACUGUUGCUUUUCACCUGCAUCUGGCCGACAGCUCUUUUAAUCAUUCACAGUGAUCAUCACCACCAUUACCACCACCAUCAUCCUCAAAGGGCGUUCAUGAAAAGGCAUAACAGCAAACGAGAACUUAGGAUGAGGAAACUAGAUAGCACCAAGGUGCGGCCCAUGAAAUCGGAACAACUUCUCCGUAUAGAAGACCAUGAUUUUGCACUGAGGCCUAGCUUUGGAGGGUCACCAAUACCAGUGGGCAUUGAUGUACAAAUUGAAAGUAUUGACAGCAUUUCAGAAGUUGACAUGGAUUUCACGAUGACUUUAUACCUCAGACAUUACUGGAAAGAUGAAAGACUUGCAUUUCCUAGCACGCGAAACAAAAGCAUGACCUUUGAUGGAAGACUCAUAAAAAAGAUCUGGGUACCUGAUGUAUUUUUUGUGCACUCCAAAAGAUCAUUCAUCCAUGACACAACUGUAGAAAAUGUUAUGCUACGUGUCUACCCAGAUGGCAAUGUUCUCUUCAGUUUAAGGAUAACGGUUUCAGCUAUGUGCUUCAUGGACUUCACUAGGUUCCCACUAGACACGCAAAACUGCUCUCUAGAAUUGGAAAGCUAUGCAUACAAUGAAGAAGACUUGAUGCUUUACUGGAAGCAUGGCAAUGAAUCCCUCAGCACAGAUGAGCACAUCUCCCUUUCCCAAUUCUUCAUUGAAGAAUUCAGUGCUUCUAAUGGACUUGCAUUCUACAGCAGCACAGGUUGGUACAAUAGACUUUUUAUAAAUUUUGGCCUAAGGAGGCAUAUUUUCUUUUUUGUUCUACAAUCCUAUUUCCCAUCGAUGCUCAUGGUGAUGCUGUCAUGGGUUUCAUUUUGGAUUGACCGAAGAGCUGUUCCUGCUAGAGUAUCACUGGGUAUAACCACUGUGCUUACAAUGUCAACCAUAAUCACAGGAGUAAGUGCCUCAAUGCCUCAGGUGUCUUACAUAAAAGCUGUGGAUAUAUACUUGUGGAUCAGUUUCCUCUUUGUGUUCCUGUCUGUCAUUGAAUAUGCAGCUGUAAAUUAUCUCACCACAGUGGAAGAACGAAAGCAGCUGAAAAAGAAAGGGAAGGCUGCUGGAACAUAUAACAUCGAUGCAGUGCAAGCAAUGGCAUUUGAUGGCUGUUACCAUGACACGGAUACUGAUAUUGACCUGACCACCUAUUCUGUCCAUUCUGAAGAGAGCUCAACACGAGGGAGAACACCCAGUAUCACCAAUCUAGAAGAACCUCGCAUAAGGAGGAAAAGAUCCUUGAAAGGGAAUGUGGGCAGAAUUAUUCUGCAGAACAAUCAUGUCAUUGACACAUAUUCCAGGAUUAUAUUUCCUAUUGUAUACAUCAUAUUCAACUUUUUUUACUGGGGUUUGUAUAUAUGACAAAAAGAACUGCAACUGAUGGUCUUUGCCUUUGAGCACAUCAGAAAAUGCAUGUUAAAACAUGCAUGCCACAAUCAACACAGGCAAUUCAGAGUCAGAAGAAGAGAUUCUGAUAACAAAGUGAUUUUCUCCCUAACUGUGGAACGUUAACUAAAAAGGAAGCUCCAGCGACUCUCUACAUUUCUAAAUAAGUGGUUUUUCAACUGUGUUGCCUUGCACAGCAGCAGUAUGGUACUUCUACUUCUGCAGCUACUCUAGUGACUGUGGUUACAUAAGGUUUCCUGCAAUGCUGCUGAAUAGUUUACAAUUUAUAACAUUGCCAAUGUUAUCCUCUCUUCACACAUAUUCAUCCCUACUCUUGCCUAUGUUUUAUCAUCAUCUGUAAGUCAAACCUUAGAUGAUUUUCAAAAGC